AGGACGACGGGAUAUAGCACAACUCGAGAAAGAUGGGCAAAACAACAGAAUACGAGUUUGGAGGUCCGAUCGGAACGACGAUAAACAUGAUUGUGCUUCCCCUUGUCGUCGUCUUCCUCUACCUCGCAUGCCCCAACGGCGAGUCAUCUGGGUUCUGUUUGAGAGGGGUGGACGUCUUUCAGCUCAAGCACAUGCCCAUACCGGGCUUGUCGCAACUUUUCUCCCUGGAUGCGUUUGCGAUGUGCGCGGGAUGGUUCCUCUUCCUCGUCUUCCUGGAGCGAAUUCUACCCUACAAAGUCGGGCAAGGAGUGGAGCUUUCCAACGGGCAACGACUGAAGUACAGGAUCAAUGGACACCUCACCUUCUGGGUCUCCCUGUUUGUCGCGGAGCACUUCAUUGACUUGAGCAUUCUGUAUGACAAGUAUCUGGAGCUAGCAGUUGCGGCAAUCUCUCUCUCCAUCCUGCUGUCAGUCUACCUCUACCUCUCCUCCUUCAAGAAAGGAGCGCUCCUGGCCAAGGGAGGAAAUACAGGAUGUGCACCCUAUGACUUCUGGAUGGGGAGAGAGCUGAACCCGAGGGUUGGAGACUUCGACCUCAAGGUUUUCUGUGAGCUCCGGCCGGGACUCAUCGGAUGGAUGCUCUUGAAUCUUGGGAUGCUGCAGAAGCAGCGGCAACUGAACAACGGCUCUGUCUCAACCUCCAUGCUCCUUGUCAAUGCCUUUCAAGGAUUGUAUGUGUGGGAUGCGCUGUACAACGAGGAAGCAGUCCUGACGACUAUGGAUGUCACCACCGAUGGUUUUGGGUACAUGCUCUGCUUCGGAGAUCUUGCAUGGGUUCCUUUCACUUAUAGCCUUCCUGCUCGCUACCUCGUCACUCACAACGCUGGGCUGUCGGACGAGAUUCUCUUGGCGUUUGCGUUGCUCGGCAUGCUUGGCUUCUACGUCUUUCGUGCCUCCAACAGCCAGAAGGACGCCUUCCGUCGGGACCCUCAGUCAGAGGAGGUGAAGCACUUGAAGUACCUCAAGACUGAGCGAGGAACGUCCUUGAUCGUGUCAGGAUGGUGGGGCUUAGCUAGGAAGAUCAACUACACGGGCGAUUGGUUUUUCGGGCUGUCUUGGUCUCUCUUCACAGGCUUCGGCUCCAUCCUCACCUACUUCUACCCGAUCUACUUCGCCGCUCUCCUCGCGCAUCGUGCAUGGCGAGACGAUCACGCGUGUUCGCUCAAGUAUGGAGCUGACUGGAAGAAGUUCAAGGAGAUGGUUCCAUACGUCUUCUUCCCCUGGCUCUUCUGA